AUGACGACAACUCUCCUUGACUUUAUGGGUUGUGGAUGGAUUCUCGACAAUGAUUGCAAGAAAUUGAUUUCUCAUAUUCUGGAAGUCAUUGGGAACAGCGACACAGUAUAUUUCGAGGAGACGACUACCCAGCGAUGUUUCGAAGGUUCCGCAACCCACAACAAAAUUAUCGUCAUGGUCAACAAUCACCUUAUGCGCUGCUGCUCGAUAGCGGGGCUUCUCCUGACCAGCACAAUGGCACUUUAUGCUUCGAUUGGCUCAGGCUCAGGCUGGUAUAAGAUAGUUGGGACUUCGCUGACAAUUAUACAAGGCACAGUGGCAUAUGCUGGUGCCAGUGCGUCACAGUGGAUAUCCAGAGUCACGCGUGCUUCUUAUCUUCUGCAAAAGCACUCGUAUCUGCUUAUUUGGGCUUGGAAGGCCUUAUCGCGACUACUAAACACGAUCGCAUUAGCUCGUGGUGCACUACCUGACAAGUUGCGUACAAGGAAAUUCCUUGAAUCUUUCCAAGCUUCGUUUCUGGAGGGAAGGUCUGCAUUGACAAAAAUUGAACUGAAGCGAUCUUCUCCACUGGGGUGUCGUUCGCCGGUUGAAGUGGGACGGAGUAUCGAUCAGGAGCAAAUUAAAGCUGCAGCUGCCAGCUGGAAUGACUAUCACGCUGUGCAUGGCACCUCGUCGAUGCCCCCUAUCGAUAUGACUGAUCCUUUACCAUCUCGAACCUCUCUCCUUGUAACUGAGGUUGCAUCCUCUCUUCCAUCUAUAUCUGAGAACCAUCUACCACCCACAUGGCCUCUAACCAGGGCUGCUAGCAGUGUUUCAGCAAUAUCUGCUCUUGAGCUUCCUGCUAGGCCCACAUCAGAGUCUCCUGAACUCUCCAACUCUCCAACUUCUUUCAGCACUUCGUCGAUUACUGGCGAUGGUGAUGAAAAGGCCCAUGCUCUGGUCAUUAACCAUUCAGCGACUGAGACUGCUUUCAGAUGCCCCAUGACCAUCACUUCAUCUCAUACUAAACCUCCUAAUACUGCAGGGUACAUGAAAACUGGUGAUACCAGUCGAAAGGGAUUGAAGAAGAACACUUCCAAUGUCAGCCACACCUUCGUUCCUUCUCACAGGAGUCGUAACAAUAGUAUUCAUCCUCACACCAAAACGACUAUAGCUCCUGUUUCUGUAUCCUCCGGUGCUGAAGUCUGUACCUCAUCUACUCAAGGUGAUGUCCAGAAGCAAAAGAUGCCCGCUCAUCAUGAUGCAAUUUCGACCAGUCGAAAGCGAUCCAUAUAUCACUCUCAGGAUGUCUACGAUGAUGGAGAACCUCUGGCUUCUCCCACAGCUGUCACUUCAUCGAAGAUUCUUGCUGGGUCUUCAAAGGAUCACUCCAAGUCGAAAAAUGAGGGUCAGUCGGCUGCUGCUCGGGGGAAGACGAAAGACACUUAAAUUGCUAUCGAUUACAAAUUGCUAAAUAUUUACUCUAAAACAAGGGAUCUCUCGAACGCUGGUUUACCGACUGAGGGUUGCGGAUUGACUGUUCCUGUUUUAUGCUGAAUUCAAAUAAUAUCGUUUUUAC